GCGCGAAGUCCUGGAAGUCCUCAGAUUUGCCCGUGGCUUGCCGCGGCGCCCCGGCUUCGCUCCGUUCGGGCCUGGCUUCGGGUGUCGGCAGCGGCAACGGCAACUGGCUCCUUGGAGCGUUUCGGUGGCAGAGCCGUGACAAGUUGGAACGUUUCCUCAGUAAGGCAGGCGUAGUCAGCCGACGUGAAGCAGGACGACAAGUCAGAUCAGGUAUUAUCUUCCCACCAUGCGACUUUGGCUUCUCCACCAACUGGCACAAGAACUUGCUGUGCAGCUGGACAACGAAUGGGGCAGCUGGCAGGCGGAGACGUUCAAAGAAUCAUUCAGCUUGUGCAGAGACUGAAGAGGUUGACGCGGCUGACGAUCAUGCGGAUCGUGAUGGUGGCAUUGUUGAGGCCAUCAUCCGGGACCCAUGGCAUCCCACAGAGCCCUCGGAUGAUGUGCACCUGGAGGGCUACGGCCUGGUGACCAUGCCGGAUUGGGAGGCCCAGAGGCCUAGAGUGGUCUUGUUCAACAAGCCUCCCGGAGUGGUGACUUCUCUCCGUAGCUCGAAACGACAAAGUAGUGAUUUGCACCUGAAAGCCUUGCAGGACGUGUUGCCUGAGCCAUUCCUUGGGGAUUUGAGUAGGGUGCCAGCCUUGCGACCUGUAGGUCGCUUGGAUGCGCAGAGCGUGGGACUGCUGCUCCUGACCGAUUCCUCGCAGCUGGUGAAUCGCCUGACGGGCCCGGAGAGCUGUGAAAAGGAGUAUCUCCUGCGGGUGACUCCAAGGCCCAAUGGUUGGCAGCUGAAGCAACUUGCGGAAGGUGUCCAAAUCGCUGAUGGUAAAGGGCUGACGAAUCCCUGCAUGGUGUCUCUGGUGCAAGCAGACGAUGGCCGUGGCGUCGUGCGCUUUGUGAUCCAUGAAGGUCGAAAUCGACAGCUUCGUCAGAUGUGCAGAGUGGUUGGAUUGGAAGUGGAGUGGCUCAUGCGAACUCGCGUCGGGCCCUUGAAACUGGGCUCUUUGCAACUGGGCAGUGCCCGAGAAGCCACCCAUGACGAAGUGGCGCACCCAUUGGUGAGACUGAGCAGAAAAAAGAUCUUAGAUGAAGCAACUGAUGUCCGCAACGCAGCAAAGCAGAUCCGAUCCAAAAAG